AUGUUUGAUGAUGGUACACAAGAAUGUUGUGAUAUCUUAGUUGACUCAGAUGGAAUUAAUUCUCCAGAUAAUUCGAAAUUUUGCGAAUUUAAUGUUUUAAUAUUAGAAUUAUGGAACUUGAUCCCUAAAUCAACUCCAAAUGAUCCAGAAAAUUUUCAAUUAUCUGACUUGACGAAGACAAUAUCAAGAUAUUAA